AUGGCAUCUGUGAUUAGAAGACUGGACAGUUUAGAGCUUCAAAAAGGUGAUAAACCUAAUACAUCUGUCACAUGUAAUCAGGUAGAAAUGUCCAUGUGUUUUUUCUGUAAGAACUCGGAACAUUUAGAUGAAAACUGUCCUGAAUUGCAUGAAAUUAAGGGGUCUAGACUUGAGCAGGCCAAUGCUUUGUACCAAAAACAUGAGAACAUCUCGUAUUCUCAUACCUACAACCCAGGGUGGAGGAAUCACCCUAAUUUCUCAUGGUCUAAAGGGCCCGUACAAGGGGGUACAAUAAGUAAUAACCAAGGAUAUUCAUAUCCUAGAAACCCCCAAGUACAAACACACACACAGUACCUUGUAGAGAAAAGGCCUAGCUUUGAUGAUGGUGUAAGCCAAAUGAAUCAAAAUCUUUUGCAAUAUCAGAAGUUAAAUGAUCAGAGGCUUGCAAGUUUAGAACUCAAAAUGGGUCAAAUUUUUGAUGCACUAAAUGAAAAAGAAAAAGAUAAACUCCCUAGUCAUCCCCAACAAAAUCCCGAAAGUGCAUUCCAGGAAAGCACCUCAGGUUGCAAUGAGUCCUCUCAUAGUCAAGUGAAUGUUGUCACCACUCUUCGUAGUGGUGAAGUUGUUGACAACAAUGUAGGUGAACCACAGUCGAGUGAGUCUAAAUCAGACUCACCGGUGCAUAUAACUCCACAGAAAACACCUAGUGUAGAGAAGGAAUCUGAGCAUGAUAGUGACUCUGAGAAUUCCACUGAUGUCAAUAUUCCUUUGUCAUCGUCUGUGCCUGUUGCUCCAUUUCCCCAAAGGUUGGUACAACAGAAGAAAGGUACCCAAUACUGUGAGAUGUUAGAAAUGUUUAAACUAGUCAACAUAAACAUCCCUUUUCUUGAAGCAAUCAAACAAACACCUACAUAUGCUAAAUUAUUGAAAGAUCUAUGCACACAAAAGCGGAAGCUUCAUGUGCAUAAGCGUGCCUUUCUCUCUGAACAUGUAAGUUCAGUUAUCCAAAAUAAGACCCCACCUAAGCUUAAAGACCUGGGUAGUCCAACUAUCACAUGCACUAUAGGUGACCAUACAAUCGAUAGGGCUUUGCUAAAUUUAGGUGCAAGUGUGAAACUUUUUUCAUAUUUUGUGUAUAAGCAAUUAGGUCUUGAGGAGCUGAAACCCACUCUUGUUACGCUACAGUUAGCGGACAGAUCUGUGAAAAAUCCUCGUGGUAUUUUUGAGGAUGUAUUGAUCAAGAUUGAAAAAUUUUAUUUUCCUGUGGACUUCAUUGUGUUAGAUACUCAACCUGUGCAAUAUCCUGAUAAUCAUAUUCCUGUCAUUUUAGGACGUCCUUUCUUGGCAACGUACAAUGCUAUCAUAAUUAUCGUAAUGGAGUGUUGA